CUUGGCUUUAUUCUUUCCGAUCGAUCGAGUGGGAGACAAGACACAGAGAGGGAGAGAGAAACUCGGAUAUCUGUGAAACCAAACCCUAGCAUGGACAGCCUCUCGGAGAGGGAGAGACCAAGCAAGCGCACCCGAGAGGAUCGAGACCACCGAGGUCGAGACCACAAGCACCGAUCCUCCAGGGACGAAAAGCACCGGGACUCCUCCGAUCACCACCACCGUCACCGAUCUCGGCGAGCUCGCUCCCGGGAAGAACUCGAGGGUGGUAGAGAUCGAGAUUCCAAGCGCAAUAGGUCCAACGAGGACGAGAGGGAGAGAGAUGGGAGCAUAGAUCGGCUCGAGAGGUCUUAUCAACCGUUGAGCGAUAGGGAGGGGAGCAGAGAGAGAGACCGGGCUAAGCAUCGGGAAGCGAAACGCGACCCGUUGGAUGAAGAUGAUGAGGAUCAUUACGAGAGACCGCACGAGAGAGACGGUUCGGUGGAGAGGCGGCAUUCCUCGCAAUCGCACAAGAGGAAGGAGAGAGGGAGCGAGGAAAGGAGUGAUGGUAGUGAGAAGAAGGCUAGGGUUUUGGAGAGAAGGCGGUUUGAGGAUGGGAAGGAAGCAAGUGGAGAAAAGAGGAAGGAGAAGAGAAAGGAGAGGAGGAGGUUUGAUGAUAGUGUGAAAAAGAAAGAGGAGGAGGAGGAGGAAGAUAAUGAAGGGGGUCUGGAAGACGGGAAACGGGUGAAUAUGUGUGAGGUUAAGGUUCAGGUCAAGGAAGAGGUGAGUGAUGGUGAGCAUCUCGGUAACUACCAGAGCACCACCACGGUGAAUGCAAGUGGUCCAGUGGGGAAUGGUGCUGCUCUGGAAUCACUCACCAUGGAAUCUAGGAGUGUGCCUGAUACCUCUUUUGCCCCUAGCCAUCCGUUUCCCACAAAGGUAUCUUCAAUUUAUACCACAAAUGAAAAUAAGGGAGUUAGUAUUACCAGAUCUCAUGAGGUUCCUGGAAAAUCUAGUACAGAUGGGACAUCUUCAGCUGCUGGAAAAAGUGGGAGCCUAUCUCUUGAUGCUUUAGCUAAAGCAAAGAAAGCUUUACAAAUGCAAAAAGAAUUGUCUGAGAAGCUGAAGAAGAUUCCUCUCCUGAACAAGGGUGCUAGUUCAACUCCAGAUGGUAGCCCACACUUGGAAUUGAAGGAGGGGCUGAAAGCACCAUCUAUUACUACUGGAACAGGACAAGGGCCAAUUCUUUCUACGGCCACAGCACUUUCAAUGGGGGUAGCAUCGAGUUCAUCAAGCUUACCUACUGCAGCUUCUGUGAUGUCACCUGCCACCGGUCCUAGUGCACCAGCAGGCCUGACAACUAUACCCAACAUUGAGGCUGUGAAACGUGCACAGGAACUUGCUGCCAGGAUGGGGUUUCGUCAGGACCCAGAGUUUGCUCCUCUUAUAAACUUGUUUCCAGGUCAGUCUGCAACAGAUGUUACUGUCCCGCAGAAGCCAUCCAAGGCCCCUGUUCUUCGUCUCGAUGCACUUGGUAGGGAGAUAGAUGAACAUGGAAAUGUGGUGAAUGUGACAAAACCAAGCAACCUCAGCACUCUAAAGGUCAAUAUUAACAAACAAAAGAAGGACGCAUUUCAGAUUCUUAAACCUGAAUUGGAUGUUGAUCCAGAAUCAAAUCCUCAUUUUGAUGGAAGGAUGGGUAUCAACAAGACUAAGCUGUUGAGGCCGAAGAGGAUGGCUUUUCAGUUUGUUGAAGAAGGCAAGUGGUCGAAAGAGGCGGAGCAUAUUAAGUUGAAGAGUAAAUUUGGAGAAGCACAAGCAAAAGAGCAGAAGGCAAAACAGGCCCAGUUGGCUAAGGCAAAGGCGGCACCUGAUAUUAAUCCAAAUUUGAUAGAGGUAGCAGAGAGAGUCAUCACCAAAGAAAAGCCUAAGGACCCAAUUCCUGAAAUUGAGUGGUGGGAUCUGCCUGUUUUGCACUCUGGUGCUUAUGGUGAUAUAACCAUGGCUGAAGAUAAACUAAAGAUGGAGAAGAUCACUUUUUAUGUGGAACACCCUCGUCCAAUUGAGCCCCCUGCUGAGCCAGCUCCUCCACCGCCUCAACCCUUGAAGCUAACCAAGAAGGAGCAGAAGAAACUUCGGACCCAGCGACGUCUGGCUAGAGAGAAAGAUAAGCAGGAGAUGAUUAGACAAGGCCUAAUUGAGCCUCCAAAGCCUAAAGUUAAAAUGAGCAACCUGAUGAAAGUUCUUGGUUCCGAAGCAACCCAAGAUCCAACAAGGCUUGAAAAGGAAAUCAGGAGUGCAGCUGCUGAACGGGAGCAAGCUCAUAUUGACAGGAAUAUUGCUCGCAAACUCACUCCUGCUGAGCGCCGUGAAAAGAAAGAACGGAAGCUUUUUGACGAGCCAAGUACACUGGAGACCAUCAUAUCGGUUUACCGGAUCAAUGACCUGUCACACCCGCAGACCCGCUUCAAAGUUGAUGUCAAUGCCCAAGAAAACCGUCUGACUGGAUGUGCUGUGAUUUCUGAUGGCAUUACUGUUGUGGCUGUUGAAGGUGGUAACAAGUCCAUAAAGAGGUAUGGAAAGCUCAUGCUUAAGCGCAUAAACUGGGCUGCUGCUGUAAAAGACGAAGAUGAGGAUGAAGAGGAAAGUGAUGAUAAACCUGCUAACAAGUGUGUCUUAGUAUGGCAAGGAAGUGUUGCAAAAUCGAGCUUCAAUAGGUUCACUGUUCACGAGUGCAUGACUGAAGCUGCUGCCCGGAAGAUUUUCGCAGAUGCUGGUGUUGCUCAUUACUGGGAUCUUGCGGUUAACUUUUCAGAUGAUCAAACAUAAGCAUUGGAUUGUUAUUGUUCAGCUUGAGCUGCGUUGUCUUUGGACAUCUUAGUAAGUUGUGAGGUAUAGAGUUGUUUGGUGCGUGUUUCAACUGGAUGUAUUACUCAGCAGAUUUCUUGAAAUUGACAUGCCCAUUUAUCUAGACCUUUCAUA